AUGAAGGAGAGAGUCCCGCGAACACGCGCUUCGCUGGCAUGCGAGAGCUGCCAACGGCGCAAGGUGAAGUGCGACGCCCAGAAGAGUCCAGCGGGCUCGAAAUGCACACCUUGUCAGCAAUUGGACAUUCCUUGUAGCGUGGACCCGACUGGCGACAGGCGCAAGGCUGGCUCACGGAAGCACGUUGAGACAUUGGAGCGACGCAUCCUGGAACUUGAGAAGCUCCUUCAACAACCGACGCAACAUGGUCCACAUAGCCAAGACUCGUCGGAAGACACAUCGGACAGUCAUUUGAACAGCGCCACGGCCCCGAGCACUCCUGAUCCUCGCAUGACCCCGGGCGCGAGUCCACGUGCAUUCCACCAGCGAACAGGCCUUGUGGAUACUGCAGAGGAAGAACUCUCGCAGAAUAGAACCAAUACAGGCAUCACGUCCUUUCUGUCAUCAUGUGCUUCAGUGGGUGAAAGGAGCAGCGAGAUGGGCGCCGGGGCUGAUGGUUCGACGUCACAGAACUAUCCAAUGUCGUCUGCGACAAUACACCUUCACCGCCAUCAUCACCACCAGGCUUGUCCGAGGACUGACGAACCUGCUGACUUGGGCAUUGCAAUCGACACUGAUACGAUUCAAGUCAAAUGCCGCUUACUUCAAUCAUUCUUCAGGUACCAGCCCCUGUGGGUCGACGCAGUGGACGAGAAGCUCUUCUGGCAGCAUCGCGAAAGCCGCCAACCGUCCAUGUGGUAUUCCAACUUUCUCGAAGCCGUCAUGCUGGCCUCUGCAACUAGACUCAGCAGCUCCCGCUACGUGCGUUCCUUGGGAGACCAGUAUGCUUCGCAAGCAAAGGCAGACAUUGUGCUCGCGCUGGAUCAUCCGUCGGCGGCUUCCGUACAGGGCUUCUUGAUGCUAAGUGAGUACGAGGUGUCCCAGAAUCGGGAAGGCUUAGGUUGGCACUUUUGCGGAAUCGCGUGUCGAAUGCUGAUCGAGCUCGGUCUACACAAGUCUUCAGACACAUCCGAGAAUGGGGAAACAAUACAGGUGAAUCACGCUCAAUUCCACCUUCUCGGGGCGUGUAUCGCCUUGGAGGGUAUCUGGUGCGUGUAUUUAGGUCGUCCGAGCUCAAUAUCGCAGCGAAUUCUGCAAACAGCCGCUAUAGCAUACAAGCAAUAUCGAGGGACUCCUUCUGCCACGCUGGCUGCCUGGAUGGGCUUCUCGACGCACAUGGCGGAUAUCUGCGAGGUCCUGAACAGCAGCCGCCCUUUGACUCCCGAUGCGAAGUCCCACCUUGCGCAACUCAACGUUGACCUGCGAAAGUGGAUGAAGGCUUUACCGCCUUGCUUUGUGUAUGACGAGUCAAACAUUGCAGACCUUGACCCGGCAGCCUAUACGUUGCAGUUGCAAUACUGCAAAGUCCAGAUCCUCGUCUAUCAAGCCUCAUGUGACAGCGGCGGAGCUGUCGAGGCAUGUCGUAGUCGAGGCUAUGAAGCAGCAUGUCGCAUUGUUCGCCUACUAUUGAUCUAUCGCCAGAUCCAUGGCACCGAGCGGAUACGCUCCGCCAUGCUCGAUGCAGUCAUCCUCGCCUUGGACGUCCUCGUCGAGGAAUUCCUCCGGCACCCUAGUCACGUCGGCACACAGACGCGUGAGAUUAAAUGGCUGCGCCUGGCAAUCGAAAAUAUGACGGAAAUAGACCUACAUUUCCCCAUCGUCGGUCGCACGCUCGUCUCACUAGCAGUGACUGUUGCAGGGACGCCACUUGCGCCUCUGUUCGAAGCCGUGGCGGCUUGUGCGGCUGGCUCGGGCUUGCUACCCUCCCCAACAGGGAAAGACACAGAGCAAAUGAUUAAUAGUCACAGGACGUUCGAAGAUGCAUCAACACUCCUGGAUCAGUGCACCACUGGUGACCUAGAUCAGCUGGAUCCUUUCCUGUUCAGCUGGGCCGAUUAUGCAGCGGGAAGUAGCUGA